AUGCCUGACGUUCCUGUUAGAAAUUUUACAACUGACUGGAAUAGCGGUAUCGCUAUCGGCGCCCUCGUUGAUGCCUGUGCACCUGGACUUUGCCCUGAUUGGUCUAUUUGGGACCAUAGACAACCUUUGCGGAAUGCAACAGAGGCUAUGGAUGCUGCACAGCAAUGGCUUGAAGUCCCACAGUUGAUACGACCAGAAGAGAUGAUAGAUGCUGACGUGGAUGAAAAGGCUAUGAUGACAUAUCUUAGUCAAUUUCCCAGUGCAAAGCUUAAACCAGGAGCUCCAUUAAGACCUAAAACAAACCCUGCUCGUGUUAGGUGUUAUGGCCCUGUAUACGAGAAGCGAGCCGAGUGA